AUGGACGAGACACUGGAGAGAGAUCUCAAGGACCAAUCAAACUGGACUGUUCGUUUGUCCAGUCCUAUCUCACUCGCUCGUGCUGAAGUCACAAAAUUUGGGGAUGAAAAUUGCCCCCGAGGUGAGGUGAGGCUGGUUGAGGCUGGUGAGCUUGCACUGCCACAAUUCAGCUCCGCGAUGGUGGGGCUGAGAACUCGAUAUCAAAACCUCCACCUCAACGCCGAGUAUCGAGUAAACAAUCGCUUCGCUUCGAAGUAUAACGAAUUUUCCGCCACAGCUGCUUUUCGGCGAACAACUCAUUCGAUAAUGUCUCCCGCAUUUCCCGAGUCAAUCCAAUGGCACUCGCAAGGAUGUGAUCUUUUCUUGAUGGAGAAACCCUCUUGUUCUGUGGGCUAG